AUGUACCAUUGGCUUCGGAACUUUUUGUUUGACCAGGGCAAUCGCGCGGUGCUGCCUCGUUCAUCUUUAAGUCUGACACUAGCCAAACUGGCUAAUACCAAGUGGUUAUUGCUACUUAUUGGAACUGCUCUUUACGUUCUCUACCCUUCAGCUCGGUCUAGUGCGAUGUUUUCAAAGAGAAGACCUGACAAAUACACCACCGGAAUGAUCAACAUGACGGUGGACUGUUUUGCUAAUUCUACGCUGCAAGCCCUUGCUGCUAUUCCGGGAUUGAAUGUCUACCUGAAUGAAAUGCUGACUGCGCUUUCUCGUUUAGAAGCCGCAGCCAAAAUCGACCGGUCUUUCGAGGAGUCUUCUAUACCCCAAUUGGUGCUUCAUCGAGCCUUGGUGGAGAUCUUGUCGAAAUUACAAGAGGUGGUGAGUGGAUCCAGAGUGUGCUCGGUGUGGGACUUUCUCCAUGUGCUGGAGAAAAUUUACAAUUCCCGGAUAUCCCGCAACCAACACGAUGCUCACGAACUGUUGAUGCUUAUUCUGGAGACUUUGGAGCGAGAAAAUUCUUUGGUGAAACGGUUUGUGGGCAAUGGAAACCAUGGGCCAGUGCCGCGAUUCCCGUUCACGGGGCUUUUGCGCAACCAACUGCGGUGUCUUUCGUGCAACGGAAGUUCACCAUUCAAGUCCAGCCCAUGCACAAUCUUGUCGUUUUCCACUCCUCAGCAAGAUUCUGUGGUGCUGGAGCAACUGAUGGCCCAGAACGAAUCUGAGAACAUAAGUGGGUAUGCUUGUACACAGUGUAGGGUUAGGCAUGCUGUGAACACUCUGGAAUGGAUGAAAUCAGACGGAAAAAAGCUUGGUGAUGAGGACUUUAAGAUGCUGGAAAGCUUGAGAGAUUUGCUCGCGAAAGGGCUUGCUAUCAAUGACGAUCUCGAUGCCGAUAUUGAGUUGUAUCUGAAAAGGUUUCCUGGAGCAGACGGUCCGGCAGUCAGAACCACAGUGAACAAAAUGACAAAUAUAGUUGGUGCACCGGAAAUUCUUGCUAUUCAUCUCUCGCGGUCGAUUUACCAAAAUACCCAGGCCACCAGGAAUCCGUGUGAGGUUGCAUUCAAAGAGACUCUUACGGUUAGUGUGGAUUCUUCCCUGCUGGAGCAAAUGGAGCAAAUUGAAACCAACCACGAGUCUGGAACAACUUCCGACAGGAGUGUCACUGCGUCCGUGCGCGAUUCACAGCCGGUUUCUGUUGCAAAUUCGUUGUUGAUGGGAGAAGAGAAACCCGAGACGGAUUUCUAUGAGGAUAUUGGGCAAGUAUCUGAGACGGAAGAGGGCGAGGGAGAAGGAGGAGACGAAAACGAGGACGAAGAUGACUCCCAUUCCAUUUCCGAAUCGACAUCCUCACUGUCUGAUUCUUCAGUCAGAUCCCAGUCAAUGGUACCGCCAUCGGUAUCACCACCAACUACAGCACCUACCACGGUACCUGAUACUACAAAUACGCAGCUGCAGCCUGCUGCCAUAAUCUCACCGACUUCCAAAAAGUUUAAUUAUCGUCUAAAGGCAAUGGUCAGGCACCAAGGGUCUCAUUCGCUUGGACAUUACGAGUGUUACAGGCACAAACCAACGUUCUACAAGAACCCUGAUGGGACAUACUCCACAGACUUACCACCGUUACUGGACGAGAGAACGCUCAGGCAAGGAGGGAUCAUCGAUGCUGCAAUGAAUAAUCAGCCAAACUUGAAUGACGACCAGAUUGGUGAUAAUUCUCGUGCUGAUCAAGAUGACAGCCAAUCGGAUGAUAUGGCGGUUGCUAGUAGCGAUGAUCAACGGUUGCGUUCGCCAGUUUCCAAACCACCCAGCAGAUCUGGAUCGGUUUCAUCAAGAUUUCGGUCUCGAGUUUCGUCGUUGGUGGGUGGCAGAAGACCCUCUGAAUUGGACAUUAGCUUGAAGCCGGACUCGAGUCCGGCGAGAAGUCCGCGUCGGAAGCGGCUGAUGAGUUCGAUUAGAAUGCCAUUCUGGCGGAUUUCUGAUACGAAGAUCACAGAGGUCAGUGUUGAAGAUGUUCUGAAUGAUUCAAAGGCGGUGUAUAUGUUAUUUUACGAGCGCAUAAACGCAUAA